UGCAUUUUGUUGCCCAAAUAUUUCGUCACCCCGUCAGCAGUUUCCCGUUUCCGAAAGCAUUCUGUUUAGUUUGUCUGGCCUUAAGCAAACAGUGGUAGAAGGGGUUGCGGUCCACGUGCUUAAUUGCUACUGGUGCAAACAACACUCCAAGUAGUGGUGCCAUAAAAAUCACACUUUAACUGCACUCGCCGAAGCCGGAAGUACUACAAUAGGCUUCCAGCAAGAUGAAGGGUGGUAAUGGCGGCACGGUGGUGCUGCUACUGUUGGUGGCCAGUUUGGUGCCAACGAUGCUAGGACUUCCGGUUGUGACACAAAAACCGAAAGCGCCCGAAAAGGAAGAGGAAAAGCAUGACGACAGCAACGUGGAACGUAUGGAGAACAUUAUUGAGUACAAUAAAUAUCUCCAGGAGGUUGUAAGUGUGCUCGAAAGCGAUCCGGUGUUUGCGGAAAAGCUGCAAAAGGCAGCGGAAUCCGAUAUCCGGUCCGGUGUUAUAGCGCAGGAGCUGGAGUACGUCGGGCACCACGUCCGUUCGCGUUUGGACGAGCUGAAGCGAAUGGAGCUGCAGCGAUUGAAGGAGCUGGCAACGAAACAGUUCGAACUGACGAACGAAAUCGAUCGCGAUCAUCUGAAGAUUAGCGAGCAUGUGGAUCACGCCAACCCGCACACGUUCGAGAUAGACGAUUUGAAGAAGCUGAUCCUGAAAACCUCCCAAGACCUGAUGGAAAACGAUCGCCGCCGGCGGGAAGAGUUCAAGCAGUACGAGCUGCAGAAGGAGUUCGAAAAGCAGGAAAAGCUUCGCGCCCUCGACGAAGAGCAUCGGAAGGCGUACGAGGAGGAGCUGAAGCGCCAGCAGGCCAAACACGAUAAUCACGAAAAGAUUCACCACCCCGGCAACAAGGCGCAGCUGGAGGAGGUGUGGGAAAAGCAGGACCACAUGGACGGGCAGGAUUUCGAUCCGAAAACGUUCUUCAUGCUGCACGACCUGGACGGUAACAAUAUGUGGGACGAGAACGAGGUGAAGGUGCUGUUCAUCAACGAGCUGAACAAGAUGUAUCAGGCCGGUGCGCCCGAGGACGACAUGAAGGAGCGGGCGGAAGAGAUGGAGCGCAUGCGGGAGCACGUGUUCAAGGAGGCGGACACGAACAAGGACGGGUUGAUAAGCUUCGAGGAGUUUAUCGAGCAGACGAAGCGGGACGAGUUCCAGAAGGAUCCGGGAUGGGACACGGUCGACCAUGAGCCACAGUUUACGCACGAAGAGUACGUGGAGUUUGAGCGUCGCCGGCAGGAGGAGAUUCAGCGACUGAUUGCGGAGGGCAAGCUGCCGCCGCAUCCGAACAUGCCCCAAGGAUAUCAUCCCCAGGGAGAAAAUGGUCAAUACCAAGUGCACCCGAAUGCUAUUCCACAGCAGCAGGUUCCCCACUAUCAGCAGCAGCAGCAAAUGCAACAACAGCAGUACCAUCAGCAGCAGCAGCACUAUCAGCAACAACAGCAUCAUCAGCAGGGACCGCCUCCGCCAGCAGGAUACAAUAACCAUGGCCAGCAGAUAAACGUUCAUCCCAAUCAGGUGUACGAUAAUGUGCAGCCGCAUCCGGUUCAACCUAAUCCUUCCUACACUGGUCAGCAGUCGACUGUCUACACGGGUCAGCAAGCCGCGCCUCAUCAUCAAGGACAACCGUCUCCUGCUCAGCAACAUCAUGCACCACCACAACAGCAGUAGCAGCAGCAACACCCACCGCAAUACGCACAACAACAGCAGCAAAUUCAGUCGAAUCAGAUCCCACAAAAUCCUCAAUAUCAGCAGCAGCAGGCCAACCACAACGUACAACAACCUAACCAGCAUGCGCCUCCUGCCCAACAACAGGCACAUGUAGCACAACAGCCGCCAGCUCAGCCACAGCAACCUGCUGCUGCUGGAAACGUCGCGCCAGCGGCGCAGCAACAGCAGCAACAGCAGCAACAACCACCAGCUGUUCCCGCACAGCCAUCCGUAAUGCAAACGAAACACUAAACGAAGCAUUCCGCGGGGUAUCAAUGACGCCAAAACAAGCCAAACGUAACACCCGAAGCGAAUGUUCGACCCCGCGCUGAAGAAAAUUCACGCUCGAAGCUUCCACACACAGAGAGAGAGAAAGAGUGAAACAUUUUUGCGAAGCAAAUAGGUAACACACACACACACACAUAGAUAGGGGAUUAGUAAAAAGCGGGAUUUGAAGUAACGUUAAGGGUAUUGAAACGCACGAGAGCGGCGUCGAUUCCAUAUUAUCCUUUCCUCCGGCCUCCUGUAACAGAGGAGAAAACCGAGCGUUGCAUUGUACGUGAAACUAACACAACAUUACCAUAAAACAAACUCUACUACUCUCCAUUUAUCAGACUAACGCAAUUAUCUUGAAUAAUACUUUGUGAUGCAAUUACUACUGUAUAACGUCGUUGUGUAGAGAUAGAGAGAGAGAGACAGCGAGCUACUUGUACUGUCGUUUUUUUUUAUUCUCUGUUUUUUUACUGUCUCUCAUACGAAAUAGUUUAGCGAAAGGAAUAACGAAGGCAGAAAAAGGAAGGAAGGAAAAAUCGAUUGCCAAUAAAUCUGUAUUUCUACUGGUAAUAUAU